GUAGUUGCAGCCGAAACCAUAAAUCCCAUCCGAACAUUCUUCUAUUGAAAUUCAAUCCACGAAACGCACUACGAGUGUGACUAUUAAACUAAAUUUUAAUCGUCUACAGCAGUCGGGUAUAACAGACUCAAAGUGUCGAAAUAAAUCCAAAAACUUCCUUACCGGACCGAGCAAUAAAAAUUGUCGCCAUUUUGGACGCUAAUAUCAAUUAAAAUUCGACCAAUAGGAGGGCGGAAUAAAAGUGCGAAAAAAAAGUAUACGCCGCACGCGUGCGCAGCUUAUAAAAGGGAAUUCGAAAAUAACGCGCGCGUUUUCGUCGAUUUCGGCGUUCAGUCGCGUUUGGAUACGAAGAAGGUUCGCGUCUCGGUUCGUCACAAGAGACGCACUUUUUACGCAAAAAAAAAAAUAAAGAAAAAGCCACCAAAGGGUAUUAUUAUGUUGAUUUGGUUUUUUUUAUGUUUACGCGGGAAAGUGGUUUUUAAAAUAAGGACUUUUUUGUUAUUUGGAUAUUUUAACACGCAUGGCGGAUUCUAGGAUAUGUGGGGUAGCGAUAAAUGCCUACAUCCCAUACCUGUGCCUCCUAGCGGUCACCAUAACGUCAGUUCUUGCCUCAAUUUGCCCAGAUAACCAGUACCUGAAUGCUAAUGAACAGAUUUGUAUGAAUUGUACGGAGUGUUCGCAAGGAUCGGUGGUGUUGAGGCCGUGCGAAUUGCACAGAGAUACACUUUGCGGUCCGAUUAUUGAUAUAUUAGGAACGGGUAGCGGAAACCACCAUAGGCACCACCAUGAGAAACACCGACACGAGAAGCAUCGAAGAAAAGAGGAGGAGAUUAUCUGGAGGUUUGGUGACGAGGUUCAGGGUAAAACCCUCCCACCUGCGGCACUGGAGGUGGCCAGUUCGGAGGCGCCCUUUUCCAGUGCCGAAACCCUCGUCUGGGAUUGGCAGGCGAUCGCGUUAACUUCGGCGGUGUUCGCGUGCAUCCUGUUUUUUCUUGUGAUCACCCUGUAUUCUUUGCAUCAGGCCCGUCAAUGGCGGCGACUUAAAGAAAACUUCGAAGCUGACGUUGAAGAACUGUCUGCUCGUCUCUCCCUGAUGGCGGCAACGUCGACGGAAAAAUGCGAAUUUCUCGAAGGAUGCGAGGGUACGAAUCACACCGGGUCGACCCCAAACAGUCCGGCGUCCGGAGACCCGAAUUACCUCAACACCAGAUGUCUUUAUUUGGAACAACUGUUAAGCGUGAGAAAAGAAGACGAGAAAAACAGUCCAUUAAAACCAAAAGGAAACGUUUACAUCGAAGAACACAAAAAUCCCAAGAAGUAAAACUUCAGGUACAACCUAUAAGAAUUUUGUGAUGUAUUAUAUUUUGUAAAAUCUCUUGUUUGUCAGAGAAUCUCUGCAAAUUUAUUGUUAACCCGGUAGUAUUAUAAUUGUACCUCAUGAUAGUCGAUGGCAUAGGGAUGCAUAUAUCAGAAAUUUGAGAUCCUCUUACAUUUUGCAAUAAAACGAAAACUCCCAAUUAAUCUCAUAGAAACUCGAAAGCAAACUUAAUAUUACACCGCAAUUUAUAUAUUCCUUUGAUGUGUAAUGGGAGUACAAAUUGUUUUGCUUCAAGUCUCUUAAAGUUUAGUCUAACUGUAAGAUUCUAACAUUAUUUUCCUGAAAUAUUUUUAAGAAAUUUGAUGUUAUAUAUCUCGUUCCUUGGUAUAUUUAGUGCAGCCAUUUUAGAUUUAAACAUUUUAAUGCUUUGUAAAACAAGUGACAAAAUAAUGAAACGUUAAUUUAUUUAGUGUAUAUAAUUAUAAGGCCAGGCCAUUAAAAUGGUAAACCCUUUUGUAAAAUAUAAUUUACUUAACUCCUAAAAAUAGCUUUAAGUACACUCGAUCCAAUAUCGCCUAAAUAUAAGAAAGCUUUCUGUAGAAAAUUGUGAAAAAUAUUAUUUAUUUUAGUUAGUUCGCUGAGCAGCUAUUGUGUAUAUUUUGAUUUUCCAGGUUGUAACAUUUACAACUUUGUGUUUAUAUCAAGUUUAGUACCUUGGAAGUUUAUUAUAGUUUACCUUAUGUAGGUAAAGCUGAUAGUAUAUAGAAUACACACCAUCCAACCAUAUGUAUUUACUAUACAUGCAUUGUAAAAAUAUAUUAAAUGUCUAAACAAG